AUAUCUUCACGUCAUUCGCGUUGUAAAGUUUUUAUAACCUUAAAUCAAUCAACAAUUUGAUUUGAACGAAACAUAGAAAUAAAUAUAAGUUUACAGAAACUUUAGUUUUACGUAUUGUGCAUAUUUCGGAUUGUAACACGAUAAAAUGGCUCCGCAAACACGCCGAGGUGCUGUUGAUACAGACUCAGGCUCAGAUUCAGAUAGUGGAUCCAGCGCCAGUCGCAGCAAGAGUCCCAGCCCUGCACCCUCUGGCAAAGAAGGAAGUAGGUCCAGAUCUGGUUCCCGCAGUCCUGCGAAAUCCGGUAGCGAAUCUCCCAAAUCAGCGCGAUCUGCACGCUCCAGGAAAUCUUCAAACGCGUCAAAUGCAUCUAGAAGUAAAUCGAAUUCUCCCGCUGCUUCAAACCGCUCAGGGUCCGCUCGUAGCAAUAAAUCGGGUUCCUCUAGCCCUAAAUCACAUGCGUCCGGCAGUCCCCGUAGGUCCAGAUCGCGGAGUGGAUCCGGUAGCGCCAGAUCAAGAUCUGGAAGCCCAAGGUCCCGAUCGGGUAGCCCUAAAUCUGGUCCUAGAACUCCGAAAUCUCGUUCCCACAGUCCAAAAUCGAGGUCACAAAGCCCAAAAUCUAGGUCUCAAAGUCCCAAAUCCAGGUCCCAAUCGAAAUCGCCAGGCCCCAAAGCUAAAAGCAGGUCUAGAUCUGGCAGCGGCAGCCCUAAGAGCAGAAAGUCUAGAUCGAGGUCAGGCAGUGCAUCUUCAAGGUCCAAAAGUCCAGUGGGACGUCAGAAUGAUAGUGGAUCGAAUUCACCGAAUCUUAUGAUUGAUGAUCAACAAGAAAAGGAUAAAUCAAAGAGCCGUUCCAGAUCAGGCUCCAGACACUCGAAAUCUCGGUCACGGAGUAAGUCUAAGUCGAAGAGUCGUUCUCGUUCACGUUCAAAGAGCUCCAACGCGUCUGAUGCAGCGGAUAAAAAGAAAAGAGCAGUUCUAUCUGACUCUGAGAGUGAUGCAGAAAAAGCAACCAGUAAGAGGAAGAAGGACUCCGACAGUGGAUCAGACACAAGUGGGAAACCUAAAAAGAAAUCAAAGAAACUGGAAGACUCUGAUGAGGAAAAUCAAGAAAAAGGUGGCGACAAUGUGACCGCCGACGCGCUCUUUGGAGACGCGUCCGAUAUAAGUUCUGAUGAAGACAAGGCCAAGCGGUCGGACAGAUCUCGGUCUCGAUCUAGGUCGAGGAGUCGCAGCAGGGGCAAGUCUGAUGACGAGAAAAGGUCUGAUGAUGAAGGGAAGAGUGGCGAUGAGGAAAACCGCGAGAAACCAGAAGAGGAAGAAGAACAGGAAAUCCCGGAGACGCGCAUCGAUGUUGAUAUGCCAAAAAUAUGGACAGAGUUAGGCAAGGAGUUGCACUUUGUGAAAUUGCCCAAUUUCUUGUCAGUGGAGACGAGGCCGUAUGAUCCUAACACAUAUGAAGAUGAGAUUGAUGAAGAAGAAACUUUGGAUGAAGAAGGUCGAGCAAGGCUCAAACUCAAGGUCGAAAAUACGAUACGCUGGCGCACCGUGUUCGACAAGGAAGGCAAUGCGGUGAAGGAGUCCAACGCCAGGAUGGUGAAGUGGUCGGACGGCAGUAUGUCGUUGCACCUCGGCUCUGAGAUAUUCGACGUGUAUAAACAGCCUUUGCAUGGCGAUCACAACCACCUGUUCGUGCGGCAAGGCACCGGUCUGCAGGGCCAGGCCGUGUUCCGCACGAAGCUCUCGUUCCGCCCGCACUCCACCGACUCGUUCACUCACCGCAAGAUGACGCUGUCGGUAGCGGACCGAUCUACAAAGACGUCGGCCAUCAAGAUACUGUCGCAAGUGGGCACGGAUCCGGAUGCGGACAGGAAGUAUCAGCUGAAGAAAGAGGAGAUGGAGCUGCGCGCGGCGAUGCGGUCGCGCGCGCACGCGCGGCCCAAACGGCGCGCCGGCCCGGCGGCGCAGGCGGCGCGCCACCGCGACGACAGCGACGACGACGGCGGCGUCUCGCUCGCCGCCAUCAAGAACAAGUACAAGCAGGGGCAGAAGGCGCAAGCGUCAGCAAUUUACUCUUCAGAAUCGGACGGCUCAGACAUGGAGACGCGUCGAGCUCGUCGCCUGGACAGAGCCAAAGCUCUCAAGGACUCGGACGACGAGGGCAGCGAGGGUGGGGACAAUAACGCGUCCCAGAGGAGCCAUAGUGCCUCCCACGAAGAGAGUGGAAGUGAAUAGUGAUAGAAUUAUAGUGUAAAUAGUGCAGUGACUGAGAAAUUAUGUAAAAAGUGUAAUCCCGUGUCCCCUUGUGGAGUUUUGGACAUGAUGCAUUGUUCUUCUUUGUGAGUAAAUAGGUGGGCAGCCUUCUGUGUUUUGCCCUGAAGAUGUUCGUUUGUUAGUACCUACUCGGUAUCGGUCCUGCUAUCGUGCUAACAUGCUGUACCAAGAAGGUGGUCAGAGAUAAUGUGGAUAGUGCACUGAUAGAUAGAGAUUUUGUGGCAGAUGUAUUUGGAUUUCAGAGUGUAUGUGUGAUUUAUAUUCAGAGAUCUAACGAAUGAACUUUAUAGAAAUUGCUUAAGCCAUUAACAUGAGUAUACUGCGGCUAACGCUGUGUACACACUGCUAGUUAUAUAACACAAAGCUAGUUAUGUUAGUGACACUACUUAUAAAAUAAUAAGAGUUGAAGAAAUUUUUUUUU